GGAAUUAGACAUGAAAGCGAGAUCAAAUUUGUUACCAUGAACUUUGACCAAGCCUGAAAUCAUAAUACACAGGCCCCAAGCUGUGAUUUCUUAUAUUGGAAAUAUUUCCAGUCAAGUUAUUGAUACUAUGCAAUCCACUCUACUUUUUUUCCAUCCUUCUCACUCUUGAUUCAUUCGUAUCAUAAUUUCAACUGAGAUAGCAAUAUGGCAGCAGCACCACGUGAAGGAGCAGCAUGGUUCUUGAAAUCGAGUCUCAAGAGUCCGGGUUAUGACGGCUCAAAAGCAGAAGACUUCUAUUCGUGGAUGCUUCUCGAAGUUGUCUACAACCAGAGCGAAGAUGAGGCUUAUGCCUGGCCCCCACCAUUAUGGUGUCCGGGCCAUCCAAGAACUGGACAGCAGGUUUUUCCUGGUGAUGCUUUCAGUACCGGAUACGGUCGCUAUGAGUAUAUGUCUGUUAUGUAUGGCCCAAGUGCCGAGGACGUUAAGCGUACAUAUCGCGUCAAAAGCAGUAUUAGUCGUGGCCAGCUAAGCCGCCAAACAGGCUCUUCUGCUGUUUGCUACAUCGCAGUUCCGUUACCAACUGCACAGGAGCGUUUCAUUUGGAUUGAUCUGACGUACCCUGUCAGGGCAUUCAUGAUACCAGCCGCUUUCACUGCUCAUACCAAAUAUCAGGGGCACGCAAUUUUUUCCAGACUCGAUAUCCGUGGCAGGAAGGGUUUGCCAACACGAUAUGUGGUAAAAGGUGUUGCUCCUAGUGAACUCGCAGCUGGCAAGAAAAUUGUUGAUGAUUGGAACGCCAGGAGCCCCCACAACUGGAGGUGGAGAAAAGAGGCACGAAAAAUAUCCGAUGUAUACGAGCGGCUAAAGAACCGACUCGACGAGAUCGGUACCGAAGGCCCGGCAAUACAAGAGCCUGGGCUCAAGCCAGACUAUCUCAAAACUCUUGGAAAGCCACCAAUAAAAUAUGCCAAGACCAGCUACUGUAAAGACCCGCAAGGAGAUGAAACAUUCGGUUUGAUGAUGCGGCCUCAAUGGACUCUUCGAAUAGACGUUUUCACAUUGGCAUGUCAGCUCUGGAUUCCAUAUUCCCAACGUACAGACGAGUACAAAGAUGUAUAUGCUUGCUUUACCUUGUUUGAGAGAAGUGCUGUCAAAGCAUCCAAGGUUAUCGCGGAUUUAGAUAUGGCUCAAGCUAUUGAUCUAGCUGCAGCACAGUCAAAAGAGCUAGGCGUCAGACUACAAUACGAGAAGGAUGAACCAGAUGAUAAAUUUAUCAAAGAUCUAUUCGCUGGCUUUGUCGCAGUGGGACUUGGCCUGAUUCCUGUCGUUGGGCCUCUAGUUGCAUUCGCUUGGAGUGUCACAUAUGAGGUAUUAUCAGAUACGGAAAAGUUCACAAAAGCCGCAGGAAUUGGUGGCAAAACACCUGCCUUUACACAAGCUGUUGUAGAUUCUCGUGAGGCCUUGCUACCUAUGAUAAAAAAAGCCGCUUCUAGUGUAUUUAAGAUGCAUGCGGAGCAAGGAUCUACAAGCAGUAUUCGUGUCGAUCCUAGUGAGAAUACUGCCGAUGGAAGCCCCCAACAGGAACAAGAAAGUGGCGGAGAUUCAGCCGGCGGAGAUGGGGACGAGAAACCAAUAGAGCAGGAGUCCGAGGAAGGCGGAGAAAGCAAUGAAACCCCAGACAAUGAGCAGCCAGACAAUACUGAGGAUUCUGCAAAGCCUGACGAUGCCGAAGACGUUGAUCAGUCAAAUGACUCCGGGGGUGUUGAAAAGCUUGAUGAAACCGAAGAUAUUGAGCAGCCAGAAAACACUGAGGAUUCUGCAAAGCCUGACGAUGCCGAAGACGUUGAUCAGUCAAAUGAUUCCGGGGAUAUUCAAAACACAGGGAAUGCUGAGGAUAACGAGAAACCAGAUGCUGAGGAUAUUGAAAAGUCAGAUAACGAAGAGCAAUUAGAUAGUGAAGAAAAGCCAGAUAGCGACGAAAACCAAGAACCUGAGAGCAAAGAUAGUGCAGCAAAGCCAGACGAUGCUGAAGACCAGCCGGAUGAAGAAACCCCGGAGGAAGGAGAGAAUUCUGAGAAUGGCGGAGAUGAGACUGGUGAGUCUCAAGCAGAAACCACCAAGGAUGGCAAAAAGAGUGAUGAAACAACGAAGGAUGGUAUGUCCGAUGAAAAGGAAGAUACAGAUUCAUUCAGGUUCAUUAUUGAAGCUGGAGAGGCAGAGGUCUACGGCCCAGGGGCUUCCGGUUGAUUGAAUAUGAGGGGGAUUUUCAUUGACUGAUAUUUUUGAUUUGGACUGCAAGGAUUUGUGUUUUCUAACGAAUUUAAAUACAUUCGCAAUUAUUCUUGUUCA